AUGACAAGAGAGCAAACUCCACCAAUACUUGCAAACCUUUCUGCUAUUUACCAAAGAAGACUAUGCAUUCAAAAGAGUCAAGAAUUAAUGAACGUGUCCCGAUUUCAAGUACCUACUACAAAAAUGAGUGAGAAAUAUCCAUGUCAUUAUACGAGCACGGCACUAAUGUGUGUGAUGGGAGCAAUCCAAUCUCUUGCUUAUGCAUUAUGUACAGAAAAGGAUUGGAGCCAGUGGAGGUUAGGAUGGAACAUCAGGCUCCUCACUGUGGCUUAUGCGGGAAUUCUUGCUUCUGGGUUGAUGUAUAUGUUAAUCUCAUUGUGUGUGCGAAUGAGAGGUCCACUCUAUGCUUCAAUUUUUAACCCUUUAUUGCUAGUGUUGGUAGCUUUCGCAGGAUCCUUGUUUCUUGAAGAGAAAUUAUACUUGGGAAGCGUAUUAGGUGCGGUCCUCAUUGUGUUGGGAUUAUAUAUCGUGCUGUGGGGCAAAGGCAAGGAGCUAAAGAAGAUGACUCAAUUAAUGCCUUCCACGAGCCCUCAAAUAACUGAACCGAUUGAGAUUAUUGUCACAUCGCCUACAUGUCUUAAAGGUUUAUCGGAGGGAUUGGAAGAAAAAGAAGCAAACAGUAGAAGAGAUAUGGAAUAGAGGAGAAAGAAGUGAUGGAUGUAGAGAAUGCCUCUAAUUAAAUCAUGUUUUAGAAGUUUAAGCAUCAUAUUUGCUUUAACAAAAAGCGGACAAAACUUUUUUUUUUUUAUCAUUAUUUUGUUUGGUCGUGAUGACCUACAAGGUAGGGCUGUUCUAUUUUCU